AUGGAGUCUGUAAACCCAUUAUGUUUCAUUUUAUUGCUGGGUUUGGGAUCAAACAUGCUUAUGAAGCCAUGCUUUGCACAACCUACAGAAUCCAAGGUACAGCUUCCAUUUUCUCGAUGGCAAGUGACCAUUUAUAAUCAUAUGAUCGAUUCAACUUUGAUGGUUCACUGCAAAUCAAAGGACAACGAUUUGGGCAGGCAUGAGAUCAAGCAAGGGGAUAACUACUUCUUGAAGUUCAAAGAAAAUAUUUGGCAAACCACACAGUUUUGGUGCCAUUUUAGCAGCAAAUAUGGACAGGUUACUGGUGAUGUUUUCUGGCCGGAAGAAGGAAGCCGGCUUAGCGAUGAAUGUAAUGAUCAUAACUGUGUUUGGUCUGCUCAAGACGGUGGGAUUUUCUUAUUGCGUGGUUCUAUCAAUUCCUAUCAGUUAGCCUACCCUUGGAAGAAAUGA